AUGACAACGACAGAGGUGUCUAAAUCAGAGGAGCUUGGAUUACCUAUGUUUGAUUUGGGUUGCGAGUUGGUGGUUUCUACACCAACAUCGAGGCAAGUCUUAAUGAGUUUAGUCUGUGUUAGGUGUUCGUUAGAGGUAGCCUGGUGCAUAUUCAAUGUUAAUCUGGUGUGUCUACCACUUGCGGGCUUGGAUGUAGUCUUAGGGAUUGAUUGGAUGACAACCAAUGGUGUUCUCAUUGAUUACGGUCAGAAGAGGGUCAUUUUUCCAGAGGAGGUACAAGUGAAAACAAUUACAUCUCGGGAUGUUCUACAGGAUAUCAGAGAAAGAGCAAUUUGUUAUGUUGCAAAGGAAAUAAAGAAGAAAAAGAGUGUAGAAGAGAAAAUUGUGGGCAUACCUAUAGUGGAGGAGUUUGCAGAUGUGUUUCCAGAUGAAGUUCUAGGUUUGCCACCUAUCUGA